AGAAGUUGUGUACAGUCGGCUAGAUAUGAACAAUAUAAUUUCGUGAAAGAGCUAACAACACCCUAAAAUACAACUAACACCGUUAUAUCUGGAAUAAGACAUAUUUUAGGGUUUAUAUAGGAAACAGAAGGAGGAAAUAAGGUGGAAAUAUCAAGAGGACAUUUUGGAAUAUAAAAAUAAGAAUUUACUUUGGUAAUACGACAAAAUGAUGCAUCAGAAUUAUAACCCAGAGACAGCCAAAAUCUACCAUUUCAGAUACAUGAGAGAAUAUCGUGCUGUUGCUGUUUUAUGGGGAUUACUGUCAAUAAUUUGGUGUAUACUUAAUUUGGUCGCUUUCGUUCAGCCACAAUGGAUCGGAGAUAGUCCAACAAGUCCUGGAUACGGACAUCUUGGUGUUUACCAACAUUGUUAUCCAGAUACAGCCCAAGGAAUUUACAUUUGCAGUGGAUCCUUCGUGGAUUUCAAAUCAAUCUUAAAUGAUUCAUUCAGAGCAUCCACAUUUUUCGUUGGAGUAUCUGCUUUGUUAAUGUUAAUAGUUGUUGCUGCUCUUCUCCUCUUCUUCUGUUUCCGCAAAACUUAUGUCUUCGUCUUCUGUGGAAUUCUUCAACUUGUCUCUGCUGUUUUCAUGUUCUUGUCAUGUGUCAUCUUUCCCAAUGGUUGGUCACACGCUGAAGUAAGGACGAUCUGUGGUUCAGAUGCUAAUGAAUACAGAUUAGGUGAAUGUCAAGUUCGAUGGGGCUACAUCCUAGCUAUUCUAGGAAUCUUUGACGCUUUGGUCUUAGGUGUCCUUGCUUUUUUCCUGGCCACCAAACGAGCAAAGAUUGAAAUUUAUUCUACCAGUGGAACAGUUACAAAAUCUGAAUUAAAUGGUUAUUCCGAAACAGUUUCAAAGAGAUCACUGCCAAUUCAAGUUAUGACUGUUCCUGAUAAUGAGGAUCGUUACUCUGAGUACUCUCAGUCUCAAAGACAACAACCUAGAAAUGGAUUCCAGCUUUAAAUCAGAAAAAAUGCAUGCAAAAAUUUUAUACAUUUCGUAAAAUCAAAUUAACACUAUCAAGAUCUAGGGUUUUUAAAUCCGACUUUUCCAACCAUACAACCAAGGUAAGGUGGAACUGCCUGAUUUAAACAGAUGCAAAAGUUAUAAAAUCGGUAUGAAGAUAUCUUUUUAAUGUAAAAACUGUUUUUUUUAUAAAGUUUUUUUUUUUCAGCUGCUACAGCCAAAUAGAUAUAUACACCACUAACGUAGAUAUAUACAGCACAGAAAACAUUGCUUUAUAAUUGAUUUGCCUUAUGAAAAUCACUAUGUAAUUAGUGUAUCAUUUGCACACAUCAGCAUUACAUAUAACAGUUGAUGCCUUAUCAUAUAAAAUAACUAAAUGCAAAUUUCACUCAAAUUUUAUUUUCAUAGAAUAUUAUUAUUAUCAAUCAUUUUAGCUAUAUAGCAUAAAUGAAAUUAUUUGUAACUGGAUAACAUAACAAGGACAGAAACCCAUGACCAUGUAUUAUUAUGGUUUCCCCUCUAUGACUAAAGAGUUCAACAAGUUAAUAGAAAGCAAGAAAUUAAAAAGUUUGAGUAAAAGUGAGUAAUUAUUAAAUUUUUCACUCAAAUUGAGUAAAGAUGCCCAUUGGUCUCGGAGAGUAAGUUACUAAGUGUACAAAAAUUGUAUUAAGUUUAUUCAACAGUUAUUUUUGAAUUUGAAAUAAUAAAUUUCACAUACAUCUACAUAUAUUGGUCAAUGAGAACACGUCUGAUAUAAAGGCAAGAGUUGUCAUUCUAAUAUAGUGAAUGAAGCAUAAUAUUCAUAUUAAUAGAAUAUAAGAUUUAAAGAUAUUGUAGUUAGCCAAAGAAGAUGCAACAUGAUUUAAGAGUCAACACAAUAACUUUCCUGAACACCUGUCUUUCUGAAUAGGAAAACUACAUUGCUACAAGACUUUAAAACGCUGAUAGUCAAUUGCAUUUAAUUAAGAGAGCAAAACCAAACUUUUAAUAGUAGAAAAUCUCCGUUUGGGUUGGAUAGGAUUAUAAAUACCCGUCUUUCUGAAUAGGAAAACUACAUGACUAAACAAUCCUAAAGCUGCUGAUUGUCAUUUGCGUUUAAUUAAGAGAGCAAACCAAACUUUUAAAAGUAGAUAAUAUCUCAGUUUGGAUUCAAUAAGAUUACAAAAAGGACAUCAUUUUACCCAAAUAUUGUAGCUUGCAAGGGAUUAAACAUCCCUCAAAUGACAAUCAGCGGCUUGUAUAUUUACAACACGAAAAUGUAUAAAAAUCCCUGUUUAUUUUAGGUUUUACAAGACAACAAACUCAGAAAAUCAUGUAUUUUUUAAAUAUUUCAUAAUAUUUUCUUAGUGUAUGUAUAAACUAUAAUAUUUACUUGUAUAUUAAUUUUUAUAUUUCAUAAAUAAAUCAAAACCCUUAGUUUUUCAUUUAUUAUUUCUAAUGCAACUGUUUGAUCAAAUUGUUUAAAUAUUCUUUUUCAAAAUACUCAAAGAUAGUGUAAAGAUUGGCUUUAUAAAUUUGUGUUCUAGAUAUUACUUCUGGUAAAAUUUUUAUAUAUGUUUUCUUGUGUAAAUUUUAGUUAUAUUUUCAUAAAUUGUUUAAAACCAUUAUUUUAUAAUAUAAGUGUAUUUCUACAGUUACUAACAUGACAUACCGACUAAUGUUUCUAUCAAAUGCAUUGUCCAUGACUAUCAAUAUAUAUGUAUUAGAAAAAAGUCUUUUUUAGAAACCCA